AUGUCGUCCGCUGUCCUCAGGCAGGCCUCCCGCGCCACUCGCACGAUCUCCCGUUCCUGCGCGUUCUCAACGUCCGCUGUUGCGCGGAAAGAUUUUAUCCAGGACCUCUACAUCAAGGAACUGAAGGGAUACAAGGCGCCGCCACCUGCCAAGGAUGCCCAUGUAGGCGCCGUCAAAGCGUACUCGAUCCCGCCUGCGCCUCAGCCCCCGACUGUUCCCGUCGACCUUGCAGCGGAACUUUCUGCUUAUGAUGCUGUGGAUCCUGUCGCUGCUGGCGAGGCCACGACCACCACCACGUCGACCGAGGAGCUCACAACGGGUGCCGAUACUUUCCUUGCGUUCUUGGAGGCGGACGAACCUAAGGCGGAGGUUCACCAUUGA